AUGUCGCCGUCCGUCGCCCUCCCCGCGACGAAAGAGCUCGGCCCGAAGCACUUCUGCCUCGACCAAGCCGACGACGGCGUGAAGACCAUCGCGAAGUCGUUGCCGUGGUACGGCCCGAAAUACUCCCCGCACGACGUCCCGUCCUUCUACGACGUCUCCGGGAUCACGGAAGACCCGGCCGUGUUCCAGCUCGUGAUCGAUUUCUUCGUGGCGCGGUACCGCGCGCAGGGUCCCGAGAACGGCCCGACGCACAUCGCCGGGUUCGACGCGCGCGGGUUCCUGUUCGGCCCGCCGAUCGCGCUCGCGCUGAAGCUGCCGUUCGUGAUGAUACGCAAGGCGGGCAAGCUCCCGGGCGUGUUGGUCUCGAGCGGGAAGUACGUCACGGAAUACUCCACGGAUGAAACCGUGAUGCGGGUCGGGGCGAUAUCGAGCGGCGACAGGGUGGUUCUCAUCGACGACCUCAUCGCGACCGGCGGGACCGCGCUCGCGGGGUUCGACCUCGUGGACCAGCUCGGCGCGUCCGUGCACGAGUUCGCCGCGAUGGUGUCUCUGCCGUUUUUAGACGGCGUCGGGAAGAUUCACGCGUACAGAGACGGGAAGUACGUGGACGUGCCGUGCUUCACGAUGGUGGACGACAGCUCGAUCGGGCCGGAGAUGUGCUCGGACCCGCCGGAGGGGACGCCAAGGAUGGUGAGCGCGGAGGACGCGGCGGCGACCGCGGCGAAGAUCAAGGCGGCGAAGGCGAAGUGA